AUAACACUGGUAGUGAUACUGAUAACACUGGUAUCAGAAAUUUUAUGUAUUGACGUUGUAUUACCAAGCAUCGCCAAUGUAUCGAUAUCACCGAUAUUUUUUACUACGUAAAUUCCAGCUCACUUGUAUCACCAAUGUAUUGAUGUUGCCAAUGUAUCGCCAAUAUUUUUUACUGUGUAAAUUCCAAAUGUCACUUGUAUCAUCAGUGUAUCAGCGAUAUUUCGAUAAUAUCGCCAAAAAUCUUUUUAUUAAAAAAAAAUCAUUAAAAGUUUUUUUUGGGCACAUGGUUUUUAUCGAUAAUAUCGCCACAUUAUCAUAUUAUCAUAACAUAGGUAAUGUCAAGACUAAUCUUUCAUUUCCUUUUUAGUUGUUGAUGAUUUCUCAGUGUAUGAAAUAUUGAUGGAUGGAUGAGAUGGCUGAGCGGAUUUAUGGCAUGGUUGGAUUGAUUUCUUACGAGAUGUCGUGCUUUUAGGACUAUUAAAUAGAAACUUAUCAUGUAUGCAUUUGUUUUAUAAUUUUUUUGAUUCCUUAAUAUGCAAAUAUGUGCAUUUUAGAUAUCUUGAAAAUUUACUGAAAAAUUCCAGCGUUAUACAUGUUUCCUUAAUGUUUUCCUGCAUUUUCAGUCAUUGGUGAUAUCGAUGUUGUUUUCGUAUCCCGCCAACAAAACUCGUAGUGGUACGGAUACUUCGAACACUGAGGGCAUGAACCCAAAAUUGAAGCAUAUCCAAUGUUCAAGUGGACCACACCACGGGAAACAAUGGAAAUUGAACACUGACCGUUGAAAACUUCCUGGGCAACAGAAGUUGCAGGUGAAGCUAAUAUUGGUGUUUUCCCUUCAUCCAUGUAUGUGUGACCUUAUGACUGUUUCCCAGUGUGGUCCACUUGAGCUUUGGAUAUGCUUCAAUUUUGGGCUCAUGCCCUAAAAUGAGAUGGAAAAACAGAUGGACAACAUGGAUAAGACAUACACAUCACAGUGGGCUGCAUAGAGUUUACUCAGUCAUGUCUGUUUAUGAAUAAGCAGUUACUUGAUCGAAUGACUGUUGAGCUUGCACACACCAGAAGUUCCAAGAUCAACUUAGUGUAAAUACUUAUUUAAUCAGCUAUCUUAUGAUUAAACUGAUACUGCUAGUGAUUGUAACAUACUAAUUAGUUUCCAUCUACGCAUAUGCGUCGCAUAUACGACGUGCAAGGUAUAAACCGUCCACUGCGGCAUGAUGGCAUUGCCACAUGUCAUGCCUCAAAUGGUGCCACUUGGCACUUGAUACAUCCAAUAGUUUGGUAGAGCAUAGUACACAAAUUCCUUGUCUAGCUAAAUCCAAUGGCAAAAACCAAACAAUCCACUUCUAUACUGGAAAUGAAUGAGAGAAGAACAAAGGCCUUCGGAGGAAUCAAGAAUAACUUGUUGGAAACAAGGGCAUUGAUAUUCUCACCAAUAUUCGAUCAUUCUACUGAAAAAAAACUAAGUGUACCAAUCUUCGAUUAUUCUACUGAAAAAACCAAGUCCCAUAACUUGUAUAUAAUACUGCAUUCUUUCUAUCAUUUGUACUCCUUGCAUAGAGAAAGAAAAGAGACGUGAAAGGAUAUACAUAAAAGAAUCAUGUCGAAGGACGAGGUUAUUCUCUUGGAUUUUUGGGGGAGCCCAUUCGCCAUGAGAGUGAAGAUUGCAUUGGCGGAGAAGGGCGUUGAGUAUGAGUCUAGAGAGGAACAUGAUCUGUUGGGCAAAAAGAGUGAGCUGUUGCUCAAGUCCAAUCCCAUUUACAAGAAGGUUCCAGUUUUCAUCCACAAUGGCAAGGUUGUGUGUGAGUCUGUCAUCAUCCUCAACUACAUUGAGGAAACUUGGCCUUCUCCGUCGUUGCUCCCCGCCUGCCCAUAUGGGCGGUCACAGGCAAGGUUCUGGUCAGAUUUCAUAGACAAGAAGGUGUUCGAAGGGGGAAGCAAGAUAUGGAAUAGCAAAGGAGAAGCCCAAGUGGAGGCAGUGAAGGAGUUCAUUGGGAUAGUGAAGGUGUUAGAAGGAGCACUUGGUGAUAAGGACUUCUUUGGUGGUGAUAGCUUUGGGUUCAUUGAUGUUGUGGCAAUUCCACUUACUUCUUGGUUCUAUGCAUAUGAGCAAUGUGGAGGGUUCAAGUUAGAGGAUGAUUGCCCAAAAAUCACUGCUUGGAUGAACAGAUGCAUGCAAAAGGAGACUGUUGCAAAAGUGAUACCUGACCCUACAAAGGUCUAUGAGUUAGUCUGCAUGUUGAAGAAGAUGUUUGGUAUUGACUAGUAAAUACAUCUCCUUACAGUACAGGAGAGAGAGAGAUGUGGGGUGGGUUGGUCUUUUUGUUCUCUUAGUUGAGAAUAAAAUAAAAGUAGGGCCUGGUUCUUUUGUUCUCGUGAUGUUGUUGUUGUUGUGGUCCUGGUCCUGCUUGUUGUUGUCGUCGUCGUCGUCGUCGUCGUCGUCAUCAUCAUUAUCGUUGUUGUUGU